AUGCCUUCUUUUGAGAAAAAGAAUUAUUUUAGACGCCUCCAAAGGUUUAAGCCUGACUAUUCGCCCGAGAACUUCACCCAGUAUGAGUCCGAAAGGACAGGGAUGAGGGUGGUCGUUAUUGAUCGAAAAGGCCCAAAGGUUUGGGGGCAUUUUGUUCUUGCCACAGAGAUUCUUGAUGAUUCUGGUGCACCUCACACUUUAGAGCAUCUUUGCUUCAUGGGAUCUAGAAACUAUCAAUACAAAGGGUUUCUUGAUAAGCUUGCUACUAGAGCCUAUUCACAAACAAAUGCCUGGACUUCUACGGACCACACAGCGUACACGUUGUUUACUGCAGGCUGGGCUGGAUUUUCACAGAUUCUGCCCGUCUACCUGGAGCAUAUUGUUGCUCCCACUUUAACUGACGCUGGCUGCUAUACUGAAGUGUAUCAUGUUGACGGCACAGGCAAUGAUGCCGGUGUGGUAUAUUCAGAAAUGCAGGGCGUGCAGAAUAAUCCAUCUGAAUUGAUAGAUCUGAAAUCUCGACGACUUCUGUAUCCAGAAGGGAUUGGUUUCCGUUAUGAAACCGGCGGAAUGAUGGAACAACUCCGGGUUCUGACGGCAGAACGUAUCCGUUCUUUCCACAGGAAGAUGUAUCAGCCGAAAAACCUCUGCCUGAUCCUUACAGGAGAAGUAGACCAUGAUAACAUGCUGCAAAUUCUAAAUGAUUUUGAGGAUACGGUCCUCGAUGUGAUUCCAAGCCCUAGUGACCCCUUCAGAAGGCCGUGGAUAGACUCACCGCCAAUACCUCCGCUAAACACGUCUAUUGUGGAAAAGGUGGAAUUCCCCGAGGCGGAUGAAUCUUUCGGCGAGAUUGAGAUUCGAUUUCUUGGUCCAGAUUGCAGUGAUAUCCUCUUAAGUGGCGCGCUUAAUGUGGCUCUUCUUUAUCUUGCGGGCUCCUCUGCUACAGUCCUUGAGAAUACCCUUGUGGAGAAAGAACAUCUCACAAGCGCUGUGUAUUAUUCCACAUCGGAGACGCCUCGAACAGAAAUCUGUUUUACCCUCACUAGCGUAGCCACCGAAAAACUUGGGCAUGUUGAGCGUCGCUUCUUUGAGGUGUUAAAUGAGGCCAUGCAAAAUGAGAUUGAUAUGGAAUAUAUGAAAGAGUGCGUGCGAAGGCAGCGCCGGGGCUGGAAAUUUUCCACUGAGAAUUCGUCUUACCCUUUUGCAAGCUAUGUCAUCACCGACUUCUUGUUCGGCAAGAGAGAUGGCUCUACCCUUCGCCAUGUCGCAAGCCUUCAAGAGUACGAUGAGUUGGAAAAAUGGCACGACAAACAAUGGCGCGAUUUUAUCAAGCAAUGGAUAUCCGACGCCCCUCAUGUUUCAGUACUGGGCGUACCUUCCUCCAAGCUUGCCGCUAAGUUGAAAGCCGAUGAACUAUCCAGAGUCGAGGAACGGCAGAAAGCUCUUGGAAAGGAAGGUUUAAAGCAAUUAGCGAAAAAGUUGGAGGAGGCCAAAGCAGAAAACGACAAGGAGAUACCACAGGGAGAACUGGCCAAAUUCAAAGUUCCUGGGGUGGAAUCCAUCCCUUUCAUCAAGACGACAACAGCAAAGUCGGGAGUUGCUCUAAGUGCGGGUCGUCCUAAUAACCGAAUCCAAAAAAUCGUCGACAUGGACAUGUCGAACUCGCCCUUGUUCAUUCACUUUGAACACGUCACUAGCAACUUCAUCCAGGUCUUCCUGAAUAUCUCAACAACUUCUGUGCCAGCAGAACUGCGCCCACUUCUGGCUGUGUACAUGGAAGCUUAUUUCCACCUUCCAGUUCUUCGAAAUGGAGAAAAAGUUCCCUUUGAACAGGUCGUCGUUGAACUAGAAAAGGACACAAUUUCCUAUGGUAUGGACAUGGGGCAUCAUAACCCUGAGAUGCUCAUAGUUAGUUUCCAAGCGGAGCCAGACAAGUAUGAUGCUAUUAUCUCCUACAUAAACGAACUUUCAUGGGAAUCCAUAUUCGACGUGGAACGGCUAAAGGCUAUCACCACCCGGCUGCUCUCUGAUGUUCCGGAUGCCAAGCGCAGUGGGAGCAGUAUGGUAGAUGCGGUGCACACGAUGGUCACGCACACCCAGGAAUCAAUCUCCCGUGCCAUGACCCCUCUAACUAAAGCCUUGUAUCUGAAGCGUACAAAACGCCUACUUGAGAAAACCCCUGAAGUCAUUGUUUCUAGAAUGGAAGAGAUCAGGAAGCAGCUUUUCCGAUUCGAAAAUUUCCGAAUCUUCGUCAUUGCGGAUAUGGAUCAGCUCCACAAACCUUCUUCAGCGUGGGAACCAUUUGUUCGUCGACUGGAUGUCACUCAACCACUCAAUCCGAUCAUAAAACUGCGAGAUCGUCUUACGGAUGCGGCCAAAAACCCCGGGACAAUCGCGCAUAUCGUUCCGAUGACAACCAUCGACUCCUCCUUUUUACUCACUAGCGCCAAGGGUUUGGACUCUUACAAUCACCCCAAGCUUCCCGCGCUAUUAGUUACCAUGGCCUAUAUGAAUGCGGUGGAAGGCCCAUUGUGGGUAGCUAUCCGCGGGACGGGUCUGGCCUACGGCGCCCGGUUCAUACACAACGUGGAUAGCGGUUUUCUCUACCUAGAAGUGUACCGAUCCCCAAAUGUCCACAGGGCGUUUGAGGAGGGCAAGAAAAUUGUCGAAGACCAUUUGUCUGGAGCCACACAGUUCGACCCACAUAUGGCCCUCGAGGGCGCCAUCAGCAGCAUUGUGCUAGAUUACGCCAACGAGCAGCCGACGCAGGCCAGUACCGCACAGGCGAGUUUUGUCCGCCAGGUCAUCCGAGAAUUGCCCAGUGACUACCAGGAGAAGCUAUUGCGGAAGAUAAGAGAGAUUGGCAUUGAGGAGAUCAAGGAGAUUCUGAGGGACUUUAUAUUGCCCCUUUUCACACCGAGCAAGUCAGAUAUUAUAGUCUGUUGUGGGAGAGUGCUUGAAGAGCCUCUCAGGAAGGGUUUCGAAGGUGUUGGAUACAAGCUAGAGGUGCACGAUCUGAAAUACUUCGAGGAUGACUAUGGAUUCAAGCUCGAGGAAUUUAAAAUUGAAGAGCCUGAAGACGAAGACGAAGACGAUGAAGAGGAGGGAUCGGGGAGUGAAGAUGGGAGUGACGAUCACGACAUGGCGAAUUGA